GCGCGCGCAGCUGUGAUCUCGUGCCAUCAUCGGUUUCUCUGAAAAGUUCAUGGAUAAAAGGAGCACGGCAUGGUGCUGGGCGAUACCAACAGAACUAGUGUCGCGCAAAGCCACGGACAAACUAUGAAGCCCUUCAUGGCCGAGGUGCGCGCGAGAGAGACAGGUGUUGAAACAUCUAACGGUAUAAUGAUCUCCGAGAUCCUCGUGCCUCGAGUAUUCAAAAUUGCAGACGAGUCUGGAGAAAUGGCAGUGUCUACGGGCUCCGGUUCCUUGGAUAUGAAGCCCUCCAGCUCGCCGAUCCUACUGGAGAUGAUGGAGGUGGCAAACGGCACGAGCUGCGCGGAGCAGAUCCUCAGCUACGGAGAGGUCGAGAAGGUGCUGAUCGGUGGGGUGCUGACUAUGCUCACACUCAUAACCAUCUGCGGGAACCUGCUCGUGGUCAUCUCUGUGUGUUUUGUGAAAAAACUACGGCAGCCCUCCAACUAUCUGAUCGUGUCCCUCGCGCUCGCGGACCUCUCCGUUGCGCUCGCGGUGAUGCCGUUCGUCAGCAUCACGGACCUGAUCGGUGGCCGAUGGAUUUUUGGCAAGUUCUUCUGUAACGUGUUCAUAGCCAUGGAUGUGAUGUGCUGCACCGCGUCCAUCAUGACCCUUUGCGUUAUCAGCAUCGACCGGUACCUGGGCAUCACCAGACCCCUAACAUACCCGGUGAGGCAGAACGGAUGGUGUAUGGCCAAAAUGGUGCUUUCAGUGUGGCUGCUCUCUGCGUCAAUCACCUUGCCACCGCUCUUUGGCUGGGCGCAGAACGUGAACGAUGACCGCGUGUGUCUGAUCAGCCAGGACUUUGGCUACACUAUUUACUCUACAGCUGUUGCGUUUUACAUCCCCAUGACUGUCAUGCUGGUCAUGUAUAACCGCAUCUACCGUGCCGCCAAGCUCAGCGCUGCCAAACACACCAUCACUGGCUUCCCUCGUGCAGGACAAGAGGAGGAAGAGGAGGAUGAGGUGGAAGUGGAAGGGGCCGAUGGGACGGAAGGUCCCAUGGGUGUGGAUUGCGUAACCGUUGCGAUCAAGCUUCAGAGGGAAGUGGAAGAGUGUGCGUGUCUGCCUCGAAUCCUGCGAGGAGUGGGCAGGAGGAGCUCGGACCGCAGGAGCAUUUCCAUAUUCAAGCGGGAACAGAAGGCGGCAGCCACGCUCGGGGUGGUGGUAGGAGCGUUCACCGUCUGCUGGCUCCCGUUCUUUCUCCUGUCUACGGCCCGGCCCUUCAUCUGUGGCACAGAGUGUAGCUGUGUCCCGCUGUGGGUGGAGAGAACUCUGUUGUGGCUGGGCUACGCCAACUCACUCAUCAACCCCUUUAUCUAUGCUUUCUUCAACCGCGACCUGCGUACCACGUACCGAAGCCUGCUCAGCUGCCGUUACCGUAAUAUUAACCGCAGACUGUCAGCCGCCGGCAUGCAUGAGGCCCUACGACUGGUGGAAAGACCGGAGGGGGUUGUCUCUGGGUGACCCGAACAGUGCACAUAACAUACAAAGAGUUCAGAGGUUAACAUUUGUAACUCACAAGCCUAAAUGGUCAUGAUGGCAUUUAGGAUGUGUCAUGUUGGGAAGGUGUCACAGUGUACUGACAGUACGUACACAGACAAAACAGUGGCCACUUCAGACAGAGGUGCAUUAUGGUCAAUGCAGUUGCAUUUUCUCAUCUUUGCUGACACAGGAACACAUUAUCACUGGCUU